AUGGGAAAACCGAAUAAUGAAACAAACCGAAAUAGUAACGUGAAUAGCAAGAACGUUAAAGACUUUUUUACCUCAACGAAAACUAAUAACAAGAAUUCCAAGUCCCUUGGAGUUGCUGGUUCAACCCGAAAUGAAGCGGCAGUUAUUAAACGCGUAAUUCCAAAGAAACGAAAGUCAAAAAUAAAAAAUAAAAAGGGACUUGAAGUUGUUGAUCCUAAGCAAACAAGUAUUGUGUCUUUCGCGACUAUUAUGAAUAUGGCGAGAGAGAAAAGUGAAGUAAAUUUCAGUAUAAAAGGAAACGAAACAGAAAAAACUACGACAACCGAAAAUGAUCAAAGAAAUAGCAUAAAAUUACUAAAUGGUAACGGAAAACAGAAUGCAAAACGCGUAAUAUCAUCGAAAAAACAAGAAAAAUCCGAUACAUCUCGACGUCGGAAAUCAUUACGAGAACGAGUUCUAUCUAAAGGUCAGAAAACACUUGAAGAAACAUUAAAAGAAAAAUCUUCAGCGAAUCACCGAAAGACAAUGUUGAGUGAGAUAAUUGAAUACAUUGAACUUAUUGCAGAAAUAGCGCCCGAUUGGUGCAAACUUUCUUAUAGUAUAGAGGAGAAAAAAUUAGUAAAAAUUAACCAUUCAUUUCCAUCAAAAGAAGUGUCUAAACUUGUACAAGAAAGAAUCGAAAAUAUUAAAUUAUAG